ACAUGCACAUACUCAGCGCGGGGAUCCUGAUGUACACGUCGGACCUGCGUUUCCAAGUCAUACAUCCGGACAAGUCCGAGAACUGGACUUUGCAAAUCAAGUCACCCCAGGAUCGCGACUCCGGCAUCUACGAGUGCCAAGUCAACACCGAGCCGAAGAUGUCGCUGAGUUACACGCUCAACGUGGUCGAGGCUCGGGCAAGAAUCGGCGGCCCACCGGACAUCUACGUCAAGACUGGAAGUCUCUUAACAUUGACCUGUAUGAUGUCGCAAGGGCCUCACGACCUCGGAACCGUCGCCUGGUAUCUCGGCGACCGUCUGAUAGUCACGUCUGCACAUUCUGAAAACGACGUCAACGACGAGCCUCGAAUCACCGUCGAAACGGAGUGGAGCGACGCCCUGACGUCAAGGCUCAGGAUCACCCACGCGAAGCCCACCGACUCGGGAAAUUACAGUUGCGUUCCCACGGUUGCGGAAAAAGCCAGUGUCAACGUCCACGUUAUCAAUGGCGAGCAUCCUGCGGCGAUGCAGCACGGGAGCACGGCGGCAGGAUCUCCCUCUUCGAGGACAGUUCUGCUGACGUUGGCAUUCCUUUUGGGGCAGUUGAGAUAAUGUGCGUAGAACCGAAGAGAUCGUAGGCGACGUUCCGCAAAUCCGAAAAAAGAAAAAAAAAGAGAAAGAGAGAGGGAUGAAAUGAAAACGAAGACGACCGAACGCGAGGAGUCGACGGGGGGCAACGUUCUCGGCCAUCCGAGGAUGGAUCAAUCUCAAGGGACGGAGAUUCGGACAUUUACUUGCACUGAGAAGUGUCUGGUGUCGAACAAAAAGUAUCCGAAUAUCCAGGGAAAUCAAUGGCGAGAGGAGAUCCUCUCUAUGGAGGAGAGCAAACACUGGAACUGCACGGGAAAGGAUAAUUUGCUAACGUAGAAUCAGCAAGUAUUGUCUGCGGCAGAGAUUGCUCGUGAACGAGUUAUUUCCCUGUUGAUAAGUGAUUUGUAUGCUCUGUCGCUAUGGUAAGUUCCAAUUUCCCCGCAACUCACGGACGGAAAGGGGGCUUCGAAAGGAAGCAAACGAAUACCCUGGAAAUUGACGAAUCUUCAAGGAACAAUGUCCCGGAAAAUCGAAUCCAUCUUUGUUAGUCAGGUGACUUGAAAGGUCUUCGGGACUCGACCAAAUUCUGCGAUUAAUGGGAGGAAAUUUACGAUAAGGGACUGAGAUGAAUAGAAAAUAUUAAGGAUUUUAGGAAAUCAAGGUAGAUAUCGCCCCGGGAUUACACGGACUGACGUCGUUUCGAACGGCGAUCGAUUUAUCUCGUUGGGAAGUAAUUAACUCCCCCGCUGAGAAAUUACACUUUCCAGGUAACUCGUUAAUCGGAAAGUGGGCUUUUCAAAAUCCGUAAAAGCCACAAAUUGACGGGAGGAAAUUCUCCAGGAAAUGAAAUCCUGGAUAAGUUGGAACCUUGGGAAAUUGAGGACUCAUCCGAGGUGAGAUAUAAGUAAUGUUCAAAGAGAAAUCAUCGAAAGACGAGGGUACUCAAAGGGGAUAAAACUGUGAAAAAUUAUGUGGAAAUUUAGAGGAAAAUUCGUGAAAAUAUGUGCAUCAGCUCAUUUUCUCACGAAGACAAUGCCGACCAACCGAGGCGCAUGUCUUACGGAACGACUAAAAUUAAGAAACUAGAAGGAAUGAAUCCGAAGGGGAACAAUAUCUACAGAGGUAAGAAGAAAAGGCAGAGAAUCGUUGUCGCAAAGGUGUACGUGUCAAAAGUUCUCGCUAUUUCCCGAAUUUCCUUGACGACUCUUGUGCACUUGUUCCACGCCAAAUUCAAGAUGUCUCUUCCCACCCUGCAAAGCUUGAAGACGAAUAAUAAAAGCGACUUAAACGAGUUACUCGAUCACGAAGGAAUAAAGCGCUGACGUUGACUUCCCUUCUGGAGCACUCGAAAUGAUGAGCAGAAUAUAAUGAUGCAUAACGAGAAAUAAUCUGCCGCUCGUGGCUUUGCAAAGUUUUCACGGGUUCCAAAACUUUGACUUGUCGUUGAUAUACCCUCCUCCGGGAAAUAUCACACAUUUCGUCGCAAAUAAAAAUAUGAAAAGCCGAAAAUGUAGGGUCAAGAUGGCGGAGGCGAAAGAGAGAACCUAUAAGACUGUCAUACAAGCAACUGGGAAGUGCAGAAAAUCCUGCGAUCAGCUGAUUACGUUAUUUCUCGUGGAAUAUCGAGAAUAAUGAAAUUAUAGAUGAUAUAUACAUAUAUCACAGAACAAGGCGAAAUUGAAACGUCGGCGAAAAAUAAUUCCUGCAAAGAAUCUCCGGAAUGUCAAAGGGAUUCCUUUCAGGAUUUACCCCGGUGUAUACAGAACUAAAUAUGUUGAUUUUAAAGCGGCACCGAAGUACUUCGAGUUAAAUAAAUAAUUAGAUCAUGAUUUUUCUCAAAAUGCAGAAUUUGUCUCCCCGUUGGGAUUUUAAGAGAUUCUGACCCUAUACUUGUUACAUUAAUUUAACCGACCCAGAUGAGGAAACAUAAAUCUCGUAGAAUCUGAUAUCAAAAGACGACGCAAAGUUUACCGCUAAGUCGAAACGUGUAAAAUAGAUUCGCAAGACUGUCUUUCGAGCGACAAGAGGAAUUGCAGAGCAUCUUGAGAUUAGAUGACAUUCUCAUUUUCGAAGCGACCUAAAUAAAAUGCAUAAGACCAACGUUCCCAAAUUUGAGGAAUCAUCGAGCUCGAAAAAUGAGCGAAACAUUCUUUUUUCUAAAAAAUAAACUCCAGUGAGUCAGUUAGAGCCCUGUCUCGAAAGUUGUUCCAAAUCUAUCUGGUUUUUCCGAUCCAUUCACUGGGAUUAUUCUCUGUGGCAAGGGAAAAUAUGAAAAGUCAAUGGAAAAUCAUGUGCAAAACGAGCGAAACGGAGAUCCGCCAUUUACGAGAAUACCUUUUAAUCAACGUUCGGAAUUGCGAGAAAUUGCAAAAGCAAGGAAUCUAUCUGGUUUUUCCGAUCCAUUCACUGGGAUUAUUCUCUGUGGCCAGGGAAAAUAUGAAAAGUCAAUGAAAAAUCAUGUGCAAAACGAGUGAAACGGAGAUCCGCCAUUUACGAGACUACCUUGUAAUCAACGUUCGAAAUUGCGAGAAAUUGCUAAAGCAAGGAAUCUAUCUGGUUUUUCCGAUCCAUUCACUGGGAUUAUUCUGUGUGGCCAGGAAAAAUAUGAAAAGUCAAUGAAAAAUCAUGUGCAAAACGAGGGAAACGGAGAUCCGCCAUUUACGAGACUACCUUGUAAGCAACGUUCGGAAUUGCGAGAAAUUGCAAAACCAAGGAACCUUCCCAGUGGAAUCUUUCCGCAAACCGAUAUUCCGCGACACGACUCGGACAGAAAUUUUCCACUGUACCGUGAAAAAUUGAAACUGGUGAAUAUCACGGAAGACACCGAAGAAGAAGCUGCCCCACUGUCGGUUUUCCCUGGGCUACAGGACGUUAUUCUUAUCCUGACAUCCAGCCGUUCGUGCGUAAAUAUCUACCAUACAUAUAAAUCACGAUUCGGACAGGACGAGUUCGAAAUAUUCUCAAUUAUAUUUUCGAGACAUCAAUCGAUAGUGCACGACAUCCGCGAAUUCUCGACCGAACGUUAUCGAAGUCUACAUUUCUCACCGUUUAAUAUAUCAGCGUCUUAAGAAUAAAUAAAAUCAGCGCACACGACUUAACACCGAGUAUACAAUCUGAUACAAUAUAUCCUAAUUAACAUCAAACACGCAGAGAGCACAUUGAAGUGACUCAUAAACCAUAAAUAAAUAAGUAUCAGACUGUACACUGAUAAAGAGUUCCUUAUCAGAGACCACCUUCCUCGUACCUUGUCAUUAUUGAUUUUUCUCUUCAUUUUUUAUAUCGAUCCGACGAUAACCAUACUGUAAACAUGCAAUCGCUCUUUUUAAUCUCCUAAUGUCUUUUAAUUUCAAUCGCGAUUGCAUCGUAUCGUGUUAUGUCGGAUAGUGCCGAUGCUUUUACACCGGAAAGUGUUCUUUCGUACGAGUACAAAAUUGAGUUUUUCGAAGGGAAAGAAAAUUCGAGAGAAAAUUCAAGGGGCAUCUCGUGGACGCGAGCCCAUGUAACUAGGAUGAAUUAUGAUCCACAGUAUUUACGGUUAUCGAUGUAUUUACAGUGCAUCGAACGUAAACCAUGUCCAGCUAACGACGGCCGUAUAUAGUCCCAGGAUUCGAUCAAGUCUCCAUAAUAAGCUCUGUACUAGCCGAUACAAUAAUUGCGCCUUAAUAGUAACGCCAUUACAGGGAAGCCUGGCGUUAAAAAGCAAUUUUCUUUUCGACCUUUCCGCUUAAAUGUCGAGUCAGCUUCGAUUUAUUCGCCCUCGAAAGAACAUUUCCUCGCACUAAACGAUGUUUCCAUUGGUUCCUUCCGAAGUAAACAUAUCGUCCUUUCGCAGAUCGGUUACUAUAUAAUUUUUAUUCCGUUUGAAUCGUUUCGUCCGCGCCAAACGACCACACAAAUAUCUUUCUUUUCUCCUUUCAGACCAAGUGAUUAAUAGUUAAUCACCUUUUUUAUAGAUUUUCAAUUAUUAGCCUCGAGAAAACUGUAUCCCUAUCCAAUGCAGGGCUCUGAUAAACUUUUUCGUAACGUAGGAAGUCAAUUGAAAUACAUUCUUGAAGAAACUCGGAUUUGGCAAUUUGUGUCUGAAAAGGGGAGCUGAAGGAUAUGGUAAAUCGUCUGUUAAAUUGUUAAGAAUAUUUCAUUUCUUAUAAGGUGUGAGGAUAAGAUGCAUUAAACUGCGGUUUAACGAAAUUCUCGAUUAACUUUAGGAGAAGUCAUCAAGAUCUCGUUGGCUUGUCUAUCGACAUUGAUUCUCUAUGAUUUAUAAAGAUAUCGUUGUACUUAAGGAAAAACUCUCUCGAUUGUGCCGAUGACACUUUACAAGGAAUAUAAUCGACUUCAUGAAUUUUCUUCGACUGCGCAGAUUUUUGCGUCGCAAUACAUGUUAGGAUUUCGAGCGAUUUUGUACAAAGCUUAGCAUAACUUCCAUCGAACUAGAAACUGAUGCAAAUACGAUGCAAGCUCGCUCUCAAAUACGAGACGAAAAUCGCCUAUCUCUGAAUAAAAUUAAAUCGACCAAUGACGCCUUUGAAAGGAACACACGCGAAAAGGUAUACCCGAAAACGCGUCGCAAUAGCAAGAAAUAACAUUCCGAAAAAUGGCUGUGCUGGGGCAAAAAUUGCACUUUCCAACAACAGUAAACAAAAAGGCUACCUUGUCGUCGACGGAUUGCGAAGAGCUUUGAGACUGUCCACAUUUUUCCUUUUUUAUCGUCAUCUGCGUUCCAAUGUUUCCCCCCUCUCCCUAAACAGGUGAGAAAAGUCACAAGAAUCUCCAAGGCUUUUUUUCCUGAAUUCAUUCAAAAAAUUAUUAAGUACCCACCUUAUUGAAUAUCAAAUCGACCGUCAUCUAUUUUCUCGCAGACUUCGCCUGUUAGUAACUUGCUACGAAAUACAAAUGUACGUUUGAAAUGCAUAAGAAACGUGCAAUUUUCGCCACAGCAUGUCACGAGUCGAAGAGCGACACCAUUUUUUACCUAACUCGAAGGGCCGACCUCUUCGCAUCCGCCAUUUUUUUUUCUUCUUCUUUCUUUUCAAGGAAUUUCGAUCCACUUUUCCGUUCCCUUUCGCGAACUCUCCGGUGUAAGCGUCUUCGCCGAUGUCCGAAAAGGGAAUAAGAGAAAUCCCGGCAAGGGUGUUCCAUGAUUUCUCGGGAUUUCGGAAUUUAGGGAACGCGAAGCGGUUGCUGGAAGAAGAGAAAUGGAUCUCAGUUCGAACGAGGCUCUACAUCUUCCCGUUCGCCGACAUAGACUCACUCGAAGGUGUUAAGUGUAAAUGAGUGUCACGGUAUAAAAGUCGACGUUGGAGUAGCAUACGACGCUAUAACAUGCCUAAUCUAUCUCCCUACUGUAACUACUUUCUACGAGAUAAAUGUUAAAGGAUAAAACAGAGAUAUAUAUAUAUAGUAGCAGAACGUGUACGCAGAAAAUGUCGCCGAUUAUUAUUUCGCUGUAAACGUAACGCCUAGCUAUGUUCCACUAACCCCGGUAAACCAUUUUACUUUGACACGACACACGAAGCAUUCUUGUACAUAAUGUUUUACUCUUGUAAAUAAAU